UUUUGGUGAUAUCUAUUCUACGUAUGACGUGCUUUCCAUACCACAAGCUUUCCUGUUGCCUAGUGAAUGCAACUGUAUACUUUAAAAUACUUUCAAUUCACCGAAAAAUGAUGAUAUGGACUUACUGGACAAAUCCGUAACAACCUCGUUACGCAAAAACAUUUCUUUUGUUUGAAACAAUACUGUAAGCUUAAAGCAACUGGUCCCUUUGAUAUUAAGAAGAUUAAGAUUAUCUGAAACAUGUAAUGUAUUAGUGCUAUACAUUUUGAACAAACUUAUCACACAUGGACUUGUCGAACUAUUUAUGUGAAGCCAUUUGUCAACACAGAAAAUACGCCAUUAUUAAAAAUGAAUAUGAAGCGUCUUCUGCUUAUGUGCACCGAAGACGUCCAAUCUCAGUUGAAUGGUAUGAUAUAUCACCAAGCUAAUUUUAGGAAUGACGUCAAAGCCAGGAUCGGGAAGACAGCAGGACAGGCGUUCAUUAGCAUGAAACCAGUGUGGAGAUCUACUCCACUGCACUCAGCAUGUGGAACAACAUCCGGAUUUUCAACACCAAACCAGUCAAGUCAGUGCUUCUGUAUGGCUCAGAGACUUGGCGAGUUACGAAAGGGAUUCCCAACAAAUUACAGACAUUCAUCAAAAACUACCUACGCUGGCUCACUCGUUACUGAAGAUCAGACGGCCAGAAUAGUGAGAAGAAGCAACAAGGAACUCACUACGGUUGGCAACGAACCAACCAAGAAGCUAUCGCUCAACAAAUAUGCACUGGAAGGAAGUGGAGAUGGGUUGGGCAUAAACUGAGAAGGCCGACUGUGGACAUCAUGAGCCAGACCAGUUGCUCGAGUGGAACCCAGAUGGGAAGCGACGAGUUGAGCGUCCGAGGCAAGGGUGACAUGGAGAAGAUGGUGUGAGGAAGAAAUGAGAGGUUGUGGGCUUUCGUGGAGCUGGGUUCAAAAGAUUUCAGAGAACAGAGUGGGAUGGCGACGUGCUACUGAAUCCCUAUGUUCCACUAGGAACCCAA